AAUUAAAACAACCCUUCUGCCCUAAAACCCAAAAUCGCAAUUAGACUUUCCCUCACCCUCGAGUUCUUGACCCUAUUCUCUGUUUCUCCGAUAUCGAUUGUUCCGCGCUACAUCGCAGGCAGCCUUGGUGAAUUCUGUCAUGCCCAUUGCUCCUUUUUAUUCAAAAUAGUGCCGGGUCGGGUUAGAUACUACAGAAGUUGAAUAAAUGUUUUCCAGAAUUGCCAAGAUUAGUCUUGUCAGUUCACAUCGUGAAGUAUAUGAACCGUGUGAUGAUUCAUUUGCAUUAGUAGAUGCAUUACUGGCUGAUCGGACUAACUUGUUAGUUCACCGACCCACAUUUUGUAUGGAAGUUGGAUGUGGUAGCGGAUACAUUAUUACUUCCCUAGCACUCAUGCUUGGGCAUGAAGUGCCCGAGGCCCAUUAUAUUGCAACGGACAUCAAUCCUCAUGCAGUUAUGGUGACUCGUGAGACAGCGGCAGCGCAUGGUGUUGAUGUCGAGCUGGUUAAUACUGAUAUUGCGUCGGGAAUGGAGGCACGAAUGGCUGGGUUAGUGGAUGUGAUGGUUGUGAACCCGCCUUAUGUUCCAACGCCUGAAGAGGAGGUUGGUCGUGAAGGAAUCACCGCAGCUUGGGCUGGUGGGGAAAAUGGUCGAACUGUGAUCGAUAAGAUUUUGCCUGUUGCUAACGAGCUUCUGUCCGAGAGGGGCUGGUUGUAUCUGCUCACACUUGCUGCUAAUAACCCAUCAGAAAUAUGCCUUCAAAUGAGAAAGAAGGGUUAUGCGUCAAGAGUUAUUCUUCAGAGAUCCACCGAAGAGGAGAGCCUUCAUAUAAUCAAAUUUUGGCGAGAUGCUAGUAGCCAGUUGGAGGCAAAAGAAUAUAGUUUAAUGGUGAAGUAUGGUCAAGAAAACGUCAAUGAACCAGUGCCUUUUCAAUUUUCUGAACUGUCAUGUAGUGGAACUAGCAGCUGCAAUGCACUCUAACAAGCAAUGGUUUUAAGCAAGGAAAGGGAUAACUCAUCUGAAAGCCAGGGGGGUAGAAGAAGCCCAUGAAUGUGAUUUGUCACGAGAACAAACGCAGCAUGGCAUGUGGCAGGAGCUUUCAGCAGGUGAGAAAUUCGUGAAAUAUGGCCAUCAUGGAGGCAUUGUGGUGAGCAAGAUAGAUAAGCAUUAACAGGAGUGAGACCAAGGGUGGAUGGAAAAGAAAAGGACCAAACACAAGAAGAGAAAACAGCCAAAUCCUAAGAGAAAAUAUUGUGAUGAAUGGUCAUUUUGGUUGUUUGUAGAAAUGGGAGAUGUGAAGAGCCAUGAAGAAGUUUCUUAUUGCCUUUUAUGGGGGGCAAGGACCCUAUGUAUUUGGCUUUUGCAAAUUGAUGGGACCAGAGCUUAUGAUAAGGAAAUGGUACAGCCCAACAUCAUAGGUUGCGUUUGGAUUGUGGAAAAAAACAGCUAGAGAUUGAACCUAAGCAAAAGUCACGAGCAAAGUAUCAUCCAAAUUUAACUUAAAUAAAGCCGAC